AAUCUUAUCGGCCUUCACCUUGACCACUACCGCCCAACAACAUUCUCACCGUUCCUACCUGAACGCCAAUAGCCUCUGCUAUAUAUUCGAUAGUUUGAUGGCACAUUUACCUUCCGACGUUUAUCUCACAACCAGCUUCAUGCAUUCAGGAGAUAUCAGUCCAACAACUCCAAAGCUCCAGCUCCAGCUUUCUAUACCUCAUCAUGAUCCAACAUACUAUAUACCCGACGGAAACACCGUUCUGCUCGUAGAAAACACGCUUUUUAGGGUCCAUCGGUCGACACUGACGAAGGACAAGUCUACCUUUGACAGUAUGUUCUCCCUAGACUCGGACCUACGCUCAAGCUCCAGUACGCCGAGUGUCACUGCGGGACCCGAAGGUGAAAGCGACGACAAUCCGAUCAGGCUCCAGGGAGAUACGGCACAAGAGUUCCGCGCUCUUCUGUGGGCUUUAUACGCCUUGCCACACGAGCUCACCCUCGCGCUAACGCCUAAGGCGAAUGCAUCUCAGUUGUUCAAUCUCGCUCGUAUUACGCAUAAGUAUGAAUUCCGCUCGAUCGAAGCAUGGGCCCUUGGUGCCCUUACGACUAUAUACACGCGCCCAACGCACUCUCCCAACCUUCAAGUUGAAGACGCCGAGGGGCCCAACCUUGUGCAACUUACUGAACUCGCAUCUCUUUGUGAGCAACGGGAUCUUCUUGACGCUGCCACAUCGCGAUGGAAACGGCUCCUCGCAUCUGGAAAGGACAUCGCACUCGCUGUUGGAGUUGCAGAACGGCUUAAUCUGCGCACCCUGCUUGGUUUCGCGUAUCAUGCCAUGAUGCUUCAAGGCCGGGAAGUCUGGGAUAACGAUUCGUCACUCACGCGAGCACAGCGCAUUCGCCUUCUUUCUGGGCAUUACGCUCUCGGCCGGCUAUGGGAACGUCUGCCAGGCGAGCCACCUGCUAUCUCACAUAGUCCGCGGUGUACAGGGGGUGCUCAAGCACGGUGUAAUCAAGCCUGGGCUGCGCUAUGGCGCUCAACACUGGAUAUGGGCCGUCAGAUCCUGCUUAUACAAUAUGCGGAUGUGGUGGGCAAAUUGAUGCUUGCAGAGAGUGUUACAAAGGCCCUUGUGGAGCGGGAGAUACCUACGCAGGGAAUGCUCGAUGGAAUGCCGUGGUGCAAAGACAACGUCUUGGCUGCUGUGGCUGGGAAGGUGAAGGAGGUACAAGAGAGUUUGGCCGAUUAUUUUACGGAUGUGAUAUGAUUUUUAUUUGGUUCCGAGUUAGUUCUAUGCUCCACGAUAGCCUUGGCAUUUACUUUACCGUCAUCUGAUUCAGAUAUGAAGGAAAACUCAUCGGUGUUAUCCUUAUCAAAAACGUAUGAUGUAUAUGAAUCUUGUGUGCACUGCCCACAAACACGGAUUUAUGGAGCGGAUGUUCCUGCAAGCUGAAUGACGUAGCUUGGCCUAGAUUGGAAUUUGAAUUUGAAUUGAACGUAAAUGAAUGGUGAGUACUGAGUAUUCAUGGACACGAAACGACAUACUCCCUACACCGCCAUCCUUUGCGCUUCCCAUUCGUCUCGCAAGAUGCCCAUCGUCAAAAAAUCUUGCCAGUGAUUGUCUAUCCACACUGCCUGGCGCUUCCUGCCCUCUAUAACGAACCCAACUUUUUCAUAGACAGCAAUUGC